AUGCACUCAACCAUCAACCCCGCCAUCCUCUACUGGGGCACCCCCGUCGCCAUCGUCUCCUCCGAGAACGAGGACGGCACCUUCAACCUCGCGCCCACCACCUCCGUCUUCUGGCUCGGCCACCGCUGCAUCCUCGGCCUGGCCGCCGAGAGCAAGACGCCGCAGAACAUCCUGCGCACCGGGCAGUGCGUCGUCAACCUCCCGGACGACACCCGGACCGGCGCGGUCAACGGGCUCGCCAAGACGACGGGCACGGAGGUGUUGCCCCCCGGCAAGAUCAGCCGCGGGUACUCUUACGUCCACGACAAGUGGGCCGCCUCGGGGCUGACUCCCCAGGCGUCCCAGGUUAUCCGCCCGCCGCGCGCGAGGGAGUGCCCCGUGCAGAUGGAGUGCGAGCUCGCCAUGGCGCAUGAGAUGUGGAAGGACCUGCCGGAAAUGGCGGGUGUCAUUCUCACGAUCGAGUUGCGCGUAGUGCGUGUUCACGUCUUGGAUGGCCUCCGCAUGAAGGGGUACGAGAACCGGGUUGACCCUGACAAGUGGCGGCCGCUCAUCAUGUCGUUCCAGGAGUUCUACGGCCUGGAUGGGGGCAAGAAGGGUGCGAGCAGGCUGGGCGAGAUUGGAGAAGAACUGUACCGCAUGCUAGCUGAUGCUGAUGAUAAGCGCCCUGUCGAAGAGGUUGAUGGCAAGGCCGGCCAGGAGCAUGUUUAG